AUGACAACCUUGGAAAGUUACGAUCAAGCAGCGGAACCGCUCUUGGUCUUCGAAACACCCUUGGAGCACCAGGUCAUCGGUGAAGAUGACACUGUACGAACUGAAAAUGCCUCGAUGAGCGAAUGGGAGAGGCGCAACAUCAUUGAGCGCACCAGCGGCAGUAUCCAUACUCGGGUUGAAUUACUGUCAGUCACUCACGGAUCAUACAGCGAAGGAGGAGACAGGGCCACGCUCAUGGUCUUCCGUUUCCGUUUCGACCCUCAGAAGAGGUCACGAAGGGUCAUCCGAGCCAAAGUCGAAAUCAACUUCUUUCCCACGGACGACUCGUAUCUCGAGGUCGAUGCCAUCGCGCCCGAGGAACGCUGGACAGUGGUACCGACCACAGACACCGAGACGACAACGCGCAGCGGACAGUUGAACCUGGGAGCUUCAGGCGUGCCAUUCCUCGAGGCCGGUGCUACAGCGAGUCUCGAGAGAUCGUACAGCAGGGACGUCAGCGGCGCAACCACCAUUACAGGCAGUAUCAACCUCAGCGUCGGGAAGAACUCGGGCGAGUCUACAGUGGCAGUGUGGAAUCUGCAGGAGAACGAGCGCCGUAAGACGGGCGUGCCGGAUUCAGUAACGACUGCGAUUCUUGUGCGACGAGCUGGAGAUGAGCGGUUUAAUGCUGAGGUUACGCUGCAGGCUGACGUUGACUGGGUCACUGGGUGGGAACGCAGACUGUCCAAGAUUCCAUUGGAUGAUCCGAUUCUUUUCAACCCGCAAGAGACAGGGGGGCCUGUGCCCAGCGAUACUCGAUUUGCGUUAUUGGCAUCAACCAGCAGGGUUGGAGGCUCUGUUUUUGUUGGCACCAUGGUCGAGAUAGUGGUUCCCGAGACGGAGAAACCUACUCUGGAGGUUCACACAGCAGUGGAUGAGAGCCACGAUGAGAAGUCUCACAAGUUCGGCUUGAAUGUAAUCCAAGAGGGAGAACAGGUUUCGAUUGUUGACGACGCUUCGAAUCACGACAUUUCAGUUGCCCCAUUUGAUGUUGUUCUUAUUCACGGAAUCUAUGGUUCAAGUCCAGAUUCGUGGACAACAGGAUCAGACACAAUAUGGAUCAACAAAGCCCUCGCUGGGGCAUCAGAGAACAAAGGACGAAUAAUGUCCUACGGCUACCAUACUGACGUUGAAAAUGGGAGAUAUUACACGCCUUGCGGUGUUUAUCACGAAGCGGAAGCACUAUUGGAAGCUCUUCGACAGUUUAGAACAUCCGACAUCACGGUGGCUAGACGACCGAUACACUUCUUUUCUCACGAUGUUGGAGGGACUAUCGUGAAAGCGGCACUGGCGAUGGCUUCUGAUGACCAAGACAAGUACGGCGAUAUCCUAUAUUGCACACGUGCUAUGUAUUUCUUCGGCUAUCCGCAUAGAUACUCCUCGCUUGGCCUCUUGGAGGAGGCUAUACUGCGAUUGAUGGCCCAGCAACAACAAAAAUGGUCCGGUCAUAUGGUUGGGUACGCCAAAGGUCUCACAGAGACGAUAAUAAAAGUGAACGAUGCGUUUCUUGGGACUCAGAUGCUUACUCAGGCCAACUUGAUCAACGUGGUCUCCAACCUCCACUUGGACACAGCACAACAGGUAUUUCCUCUUUGUAUGUCAACUAUGGCCACUCCGUUUGAGCGAGUGGUGAAGAUGGAGAAAGCAAACUGUGAUUUGAUCGUGGCAGGAGAAGAUGGGCUCCAUCUGGUGAAUGAUCUCGCAGACGGAGACUGGCUAAUGGGGGACUUGACAGGCGAUCAGCAUGCCGCUCUUCGUAAGAUGAUCAGUCAAGCCUCCCCUGUACAGCCAUACCACAAAAUCGAAGAGGACUGGCAAAACUCAGACCUCCUAGAAUUGCCAAAGCGAAAAGAAGCGCUCAUAAUGCAUAUGAGAUGCUCCUCUGCUACCGAAGCAGAAACAGAGAAUGCAACCUACUUUCUGGACAAGAACAGAAGCGGCACAUUCGAUCCGUUGCUGUACAUGAAAUUCGACGCUGAUGAUAUCCGCUUCAACAACUGCGACGCUAUGAUGCGGACAUUCCUUGCCCGCUUUCUAAGCAAUAGAAUAAAUACUGGUAGCUUUGUGGAGAGGCCGUUGGACGCACUUGUCAAAUGCGAAGCGCUGCAUCGAGCCAAUCUGUUCGCCGAGCUGUGGGAUAUACAGGGCACAAAGGCUUUGCAGGCGGGUAUCUACGUCCUGGGGUGUCUUGAUGAGUGCGACGAGUCUUCGAUGUGGUUUCUUUCCGAGAUUUGUAAACUUCUUUCCAGGAGUGAACAUUGUUUUAGGAUGCUGGUAACCACCACAAAGGGAACCCCUGGAGACUUGGAUAUUACCUCCAUGCUCGCCAGGUUCCCUGAAGAGCUUGUCAAAACCAUGGAAUGCUCUCCCAAACCGCCUACGCCAUUUCCUGUCAAGACUAGGGCAUCCCAAGUCAUAACUAAGCUAGGGGCAUGUGUUGGGUCUGACCUGUAUCGAGAUGUACAAUGCAUACUCUCUAGUUGUGGGGAUGACUAUGAUCUGGGCGAGUUGGUCAUCGAAUGGCUUGGAGCGGAUACAAAAAACAUCGUGCGUGCCAAAAGAAUGCUCGACAAAACACUCACGCCAUCUCGAGUGUUUGCGGAGAUACUUGAAGACAUUACCGAGGAUCUUCGACCCUGGGCCAACCUUUUGCUGUGUUGGCUUCUAGUCUGCGAAAGGCCUCUACGAUAUGAGGAGCUAUAUCGUAUCUCUGACAUCGUGUGGCUUUAUCUGGGGAGAAGUGAAACUACAAGGCCGGCUUCAGUUGAUAUUCUGUGCCAUUUCCCUGGGCUGAUCACUUCUGUGAAUGGGGAGAUCAGAUUUAGACACCCUGCCACCCGCUCAUGGUUCAAAAGCCAGUGCUCUACUGGAAGUGAAGAGACAUGGUAUACUACACAUAAUCUUGUGUGCCAUGUGAUGGUGCUUCAGACUUGCAUAGCCUAUAUCCAGGAUGCAGCUGGCAGGCCAGAAGACGCUGUCCAAUCUAUUCCAUAUGUGAUCGAAUUCUGGCACAAGCAUUGGCGGUUGACAGAGACAUCCGAAGCACAGAUCAUAGGCUUGUUUGAGAACGAACUGUUGUUUCAAUUCUGGACAAAAUCACUAUUCGCUUUACCCCAUAUUCAACAGAAGCCUCCCCCAGCACAUGUCAAGCCUCUUCCUGUUGCAGCCCACUUGGGUCUUGAUGAAGUUGUAAAGGUGCUACUCGAGAGAAAUAAAGACAUCGUCGAUGACAGAGGCCAGGCAUUGAUCGAGGCUUGCAGAGCCGGCCAUCGUCCUGUCAUCCGGGAUCUCCUAGGCUCAUACUCAGAUGGUAUAGACUUUGGAGAUCAGAAUCUACAUGAGGCUGCCAGAGUUGUCAGCCAUUCAUACAAUGAUGAAGCACUCGGGGAAUUUGUAAAGGGGCUGCCUGAGUCUCCCAGUGCUUGGGCGGCGGCAAAAGACACUGAAGUGAAUCUCAAGGACAUAGAGAAUCAGGAGAGGAACCGUCAACAAGAGCCUGCAUCGGACGAGACGACAAGUAACGAUCACGAGGCUACAGAACUUGAGCCUAUUUCCGACCCAUACGACUGGCUCAUGAUGCCAAUGCAUAGAGCCGUCAAGUCAGGAAUGAUUGACGUGGCCAGCAAAUUACUAAGAAUAGGAGUAGGGCCUAACCCCCCGAAGGGGACAACCCCCAACGACAGUAGCUUUAUCUACACGACAUUGGCCAACUCCCAUCUCGAAGUAGCCAAGCUGCUCGUAGAGGCAGGAGCAAGUCCAACAGCCAAGAAUGUGCAUGGAUACACUCCGCUACAUGUAGCCACCCGGUGGUCUUCUGGCGAGACGGUCGAGUUCUUGCUCUCAUGCGGCGCUUCCAUCGCGGACAAAGACUCGGCGGGCCGCACAGCCUUGGAAAUAGCUGCUAUAUGGGGAGACUUCACUACGCUCGAGGUCAUGCUCUCGCGCAAAGAGGAGAUCGAGCGCAUGUUUCAUGAGCCGGACCUGCACCCGGUGAAUCUAGCGGUCGAAUACGAGAACAAGAAGUGUCUGGCACUUCUUCUCAGUCACGGCCUCAACCCUAAUGUUGCCACCUCGAAGGGAGACACGGCGUUGAGGAUGGCGAUUCAGAACAGAAGGCUUGAUCUCUGCAAGAUGUUACUGGAGAGCAAUGCUGAUCCGGAUCUGACGCCCGAUAAGGCUAACACGCCUCUGAUUCAGGCCAUUUCCGAGGGAGACUUGGAUAUAGUCAAGCUGCUCAUCGAGAAUAAGGCCACUAUAGACAAGCGUGAGGCGCCACCGGAUGAUGGAUGGUUACGCACACCGAUGCAGGUAGCCGUUGACUGGGACCGCCCCGAGAUUGUCCAGUAUCUUCUUGAAAAGGGAGCAGACCCCGAUGCGCGAGAUUCUGACGGAAUCCCAGUGAUAGGCUCUGCAGUAAGCGGCGGGCAUAUAAACAUGGUGCAGUGGCUAGUAGAUGCGAAUGCAGACGUGAACGUCAGCUACUACGAUAACAAAGUGACGCCGUUACAUGAAGCUUGCCCCCACCCUGAGAUCGUUCGUCUCCUUCUCGAGCACGGCGCAGACAUCAACAAGGGCAACGCAGACUCACGAACAGCACUGAACCUUGCCAUCUGUGCGAAUAUUAUCGCGACUGUUCAGGUUCUUCUUGAGGCCAAGACUAAGCCUGAUAUCAAUGCAGACACGAUCUACUGGGACUUACUCACAGUGAUACCUGUUGGGUACAUUGACGUUGUUGAGACGAUGCUCGAAGCUGGCGUUGACGUUAACAAUGUCAAUGAGAAGGGUGAAUCGUUGCUGGCAUAUGCUAUCAAGUUUAAUGCGCCCAGUGGUAUGAUCCGCAAGAUUCUCGAAUACAAUCCUGAUCUAGAAAUGAGGGAUAAGAAGGAGAAUACAGCACUCCACUGCAUCAGCCGAUUAACCACCCUCGAGACAGUCCGGCUUGUCGUCAACGCUGGCGGAAGACUAGACGUGUUGAACUCCGAUAAGGACACGCCGCUUAUUGUUGCUAUUGGAGCUCAGAUGGAUGAUGUGUUCUUCUACAUGCUAAAAAAAGAGCCUUCACUGCUGACGCAAAAUUUCAUAACGUCUCAGCAAAGAGUCACGGCGCUUCAUGAGGCGUGUAGGUUUGGGUCACUUGCCAUGGUUCGAUCACUGAUAGAACAUGGCAUGGAUAUUAAUUCAUGCUGCGAAGGACUCUAUGGAACACCCUUGAUCUCGGCGACACUCCGGAGCGAUCUGUUAUCAUCUCCCCUAGCUAGCGACAUAAUCGCUCUGCUUCUCGUGAAUGGAGCCAGCCCAAGCACGAAAGGAGGUUUAUUCUCAUACCCUCUCAUCUCAGCAUGUCUAUCAUGCCCAGCAGAUACGAUCAGACUUCUUAUCAACUCCGAUACAUCGGCCGAAGAUGAAGAUUAUGUGCGGCGCAAGCCAGUCCAUCUGGCGUGCUAUAAUUCUCUCGCGGUUCUCAAUCUUAUAGAAGCUCCUGACUCCCAUUUUGCGGUUACGGAUGUGAUUGGUCGAGUACCUCUGCACUAUGCUGUCAUGACAGGAGACGUUGAGCUGGUGGAGGUGGUGCUCGAGCGCUCUGAAAGGGUUGGCAUUAGCAUUGAUGUGAAGGACGACGAUGGGUGGACACCACUGCUCUGGGCUGCUCGUGCGGCACGGAUCUGGAACCGACAGAUUGAAACCGGAUAUUCAAGAAGUGAUAUAAUAUCGUUUCUCUUGAAACACGGAGCUGACCCUACGAUCAAGGGGUGCGGUGUUGACAGAGAUUGGACAGUCUGUGAAGUGGCAUACUAUCACCACGCCGACUUCAUCGAAGAUCUAAUAGAUCAACCAAGUAACAAGAAGAUCAGGUCCAGAAAACGAGGAACCGCCCCAGGCGCUCAAGUCAACACAAACGCCUACUGUGAUUGCUGCUUGAUUGAGUCCCAAGGUAUUUUCUUCGACUGUUCACUAUGUUUCGACUUUAGUCUCUGUUUCAAAUGUCAUAGGAGCGCUGAUAAGAUACAUCCUGAACAUUCGUCGUUUGUUCGAUGUGGGAGUGAAUGGGUUGAAGAUGAAGUUGCUAAGGAUGAGGAUGUUCAGGAGAUUAGUUUGGAUGAUGGCAUGGGAGAUCAGGAUGUGUUGUUGGAUCUUGAGGAGAUACCGUAUGAGGAUUUCGCCAGUGAAGUCUCAGAAUAG